AUGUUUCUGGUUUUUAACCAAUUCAAAACUCUCUGGCUGCUAUUUCUGAUAACCUUCACACAAUGUGAAGGAAGUACUUAUGGAACCUUCUUUCCUUCGGUUCCUAAGGAAAUCAAUCAAACCACAUUUCCAGUUGCCAUCAACACAAAUUCUACAUCGGAUGUAAUUUUAUUGAAGCUUCCUGGUUACGAUUACAGACAUGGACAUAUAGACGAUACAUUUACUGUAAACCCGGAUUUUAUGGAAUUUCCAUUAUUAUUUCGAAAUGAAAACAAAACAUUUCUUUGGAUGUCUCUGGUAUAUACUACAUCUGGACCUUACCAAAUUAAUUGCGGAGCUAUUACAAAUACGCACAGUAACGGAACGCUUCAGAAAUUAAAAUGGAAGUUCAAUUUCAACUGGGAGCUUGCUCCAAAACCUUAUAUGAUGGCAAAACGAGAGAAGAUAUUUAACCAAAUUCCCCAUCCUGACGAAUGUGGCAAUGAUCAAGAAAAAAUUUUAAUAUUUACAAAGGAUAAGAACGGCAAAUUAUUUCAAUUCAAUUUAGUUGAUAAUAAAUUGAAAACAUCGGACGAGCUUCCACAUGUAAACAAACUUUAUUAUUUGUUUACAAUACCUGAAGAUAUUUAUGAAAAGGAGAUUGUAGAACCUUGUUUGAUAUAUCGAGCUGUCAAUGAUAUCCCAGAAAUUAUAGUUAAAGGAUACAAUUCAACGUUGAAAAAGCCGAAUGGUACAAAAGUUAAUGUUAUAAAAUUUGACUAUUUGGAAAAGUUUCUUGAAAUUCAACUACUUUUAACAGAUCAACCAAAUCUUAAAGAUUUCUACAAAAACGAAGAAAUUUUAAUAAGCAAACUUUUAUACACAAAGGAUGGAGUUAAAGAAGUGCCAAACUCCAACAAAACUACUAAGGGUACCUUCUCAUUGAAUGGAUAUGAACUUUUAAAAUUUACUUAUAAUUGCCCGUCGACUGGAAGCAACCGUAUGAUAACGAAGAUCUUCUAUUUUGCACCACCACAAAAACAUUAUAAAUUUCCAUUGGAGUACGUUCUCUACUCAUCAAAUGAGACGGUGGUCAGACCAAAUUGCUCAAUCAAUGGAUUCAGUUUUGGAUACCUUCAUUCAGUUAAUUACGUUAAUAAAAAGAUAGUUAACCUAGAUGAGUUGAAUGUUAAUGGAGUAGCAAUAGAUGGUUUGUAUCGCUCUGGUGAUUUUGUCUUCACAUCAGAUGUUAAAGAUUUCAAUACAACUUUAGAAUGUCUUUACAAUACGCCUAAUGGAGAUAUCACUUUAGUUCAUUCGUUUUUACAUAGUGACAAAGCAAGUUUUGAAGUAGACAAAGAUGGAAAAAGAUAUUUAAAUGUGGAUGAUGAUAAAGUAACUAUAAAUAAUACAGCAAAAUCAGGAUUUGAAAAAUUUGGAUCUAUUGGUGCAAUUUUUAUUAUUGUUGGAAGUGUUAUUAUUGGUAUCUUAAUUUUUGCUGGUAUCAUUGUACUUAUAUUUCUUAAACAAAUAAAGUUGUAUAUUAAAAGAAGGAAAUUAGGAAUCCCUUAUAGAAACACUGACGUACUGGAUCAAUAA